CACAUACAGUCGUCAAUCCUUAAAUUACCUUGCACACAGAACAGGUCUCGGUUAGUGAUAGGUCUUAGGUCUAUGACGGUAAUUGAUAACAUAUAGAUCGUAUCAAGACAUUGACGCAGCGGGUGGAACCGUUGGCCUUUUCGGUAUGUGUGUGAGUGGGUGGGUGUCACGUGGUAGCAUUCACUCAAGUGAGGGCCACCGAUCAUGUCGACUAUUUCUAUAUUCUAAAAUACAGAUUUGUACACUAGAUUCUCUUUAGAGACUACAUUUUAAAAAGAUGGAUCAAGUGAAAGUUUAUAGGUCUACAAGCUCUGAGAGGGUGAGAAAUGUUGAAAUGGACCAAGCAAGGACAGUUUAAAGGAAACCAAGGUUCAAGAAGCGAUAGCGGCGAGUACGAUAGUGUCUUUACAACUUCUACCAUUCAGGAUACAAAAGAAGGGUCUCGGCACUGUUCAUUGUCUGCUGAUGUCAUUGACAGCAUUCAGCUUUGGAAUGGAGAGUUCCAGUCUCAAGCAUGCACAGGUGAAUACAGUCAAAUAUUGGAAGAUCAUCAGCAUCUAAGAAGACAAGCUCGCAAUAAAGAACUGAGGACAUUGUCCGAUUGUUCUUCGGUGCACUGCGGUCUUACUUCAUGUUUCUUGUUGUCUCGACGCUCAGCACCUGCUCCGCAAACACGUUCCAAAGCCUCUGAGACGAGCAUCGACCACUCGACUCUGUCCAAUCUUAAGACCCCUUUAUCCAAUAAGACAUAUAAGACUCCCUUUUCAGAACGAAUAACCGACAACCGCAGAAGAGCUAUUAUAGUAACAGCUUCUGAAAGCGACAUUAUCAUCCAAAGACCUCGUUCUCUAUCAGUUCCAAGAAAAAUGGCAUCAGCUUUGCCAGAUAUAACAGGGUCGACAAUCCUGGGACCUGAAGUAGCAUGGGACGAAGACAAUUUAAGCCUGUCGCAGCUUGUAGACAAAGAUUGCUUCCCUUGCAUCUGUUGCUAUGAAGAGAAUGUACAAGAAGUAGACGGGCAUUGGGAUAAACUUGCUCCAGGGUUGAAAAUUUACUCACGACAACCAGUGCUCAUGCACACGAGCGUGAGUCAAAAACAAGCAAGAGCCAGGACUAUUUUUAAAGAUCCAAGUGGCACGUAUUACGAAGUAGGUCAAACUAUGAUUAUCCCAGGAGACUACCAAGGUUGGUUUGAACUUGUGCCUUCAGACUUCACGCGAGCUUCAUGUUUUCUCUCCAUUGCUGAAAUCGCUAAGGUGAUGCCCCAAAAAUUUUUUACGCGAUCCAAUGUCAAGGCCAUAAGGAUGGAAGGUGAAGGAGAAUCUCAGAAAUUUCUGGAGAGAAAAAUUCCUGCUGGUUCUGUGCUGGAUGUUAAAGGAACGUUUACUGCGAAAUGGAAGACUACAGCAGAAACAGGUCUACUGAAGAAAAAGAAGAAAGAGUGGGAGUUCCAAGAGGUCACCUAUCUGAAAUGUUCGGACCAUGAGCAAUGUGAACUGCUGAUUCCUUUGACUCACAGGGGAAAGUUCAAUGCCAUCUACGAAAAGGGUCAAUUAACCCAAAACGCUGUAUAUAGCAUUAAAGACAUUCUCUCAGAUCUUUCACUUCCGGUCAAAGUUCGUCUGCUGUUUGGAAAGGCUCCCGUAGUGCCUUGCAUAUUUACAGGUAUGUUAAUUAUCAGGAGCGCACACGUGAUGGAUUCUGUGGUGGGCAGUACAAUAUUAAACACACGGAACGUGUUGUUCGAAAUGCCUGUCUCUUCACCAGUCAAGGUUAAGUACGUGUCUGAUGACCAGGUCUUCAGAGAGAUGACCACAUACAAAGACGCCCAAAAGCUCUGUAAGAAGUACGCCCAAGUCUUCAGCAGUAUGAUCAAGCUGGCGCCCGAUAUGGACACGGGUCAAAAGGUCAUCUUGCACGUGCCCACAGACCCUUCUCUCAUGCGGCAAAUCGACGAAUCUCUCCGUGCCUUAGAUUUGAUUACUGACAUCAGCUUGACCAGUGAACCCAAAGACCAUCUUCUGGACACGGGCUCCAUGGACAGUGGAGACCAGGUGGUCAUCCCGCCAUCAGGAAGCCUAACAGAAAUAACAGAAUACAAAGGGAGAGAAUCACACACGUUUGUUUGAUGUAUAGUGUAUAAACUAUGUACAAUGUAAAGUGUAGCCACUACUAGCCACUAGAUUUGUGUGUGUGUGUGUGAGUGUGUGUGUAUUUGCGAAUAUGGUCACAUAAAAUACCAAUAUUAAUUCAAAUGACUGAAUCACACUAGGUCUAUAUAAAUUACUGGUGACUAUAUAAACAUGUAAGAAGGAGUGUCAGUUCUUACGCCCUAAUAAAAUAAUGUAUCAAAGUUAUUAGUCACAUGUAGAUCUCGUCUUCAAUGUAUUUAUCUCUUUUGUCAUUUUUGUCAUGUAUUAAGGUGUAUGUAGAGUAUGAAAAUCAUUAUACGCCAGAAUCACUCUAUAAAGUUUCAUGAUCUAUUGUAUCAAUGUUUGUUUGUUUGAUUGCUCGCGUUAAUUUACAUUGAAGAAAACAAAGUGUGUUAAAAUUUGACAUUUACAUCUGUAGUUGAGUAAUUGUAGUAAUAAAGCUACUGAUAUAAUUUGCA